AGAGUAAGAAGAGUGUCUGUGCAUCACCUUUCCUCACUGCGGUCAGCUUAUGAACAUGAACAGGGCCCCAUUUCACGACAUCCUGUGUACUUGUCAACUCUGUUGGGUCACCGUGCAGCAGGAGCAGCACCAUGUCCCCUGCAGUCAUCAGCCUCGCAUGUCUUGGGUUGUUCUUCAGCCAGAGGAUUGGGGCACAAGUGGGCAGCUGUUCUCAGCAGAGGGGAGAGAUCCCCAUGCCAAGACCCCUGGGAUUCCACCACAUUCCAACAUGGCACUAUCAUGUGGUCAGAACAAGCCCUUCCUCUCUGCCUGGCCAAGCCCCGUGGUUCCUCAAGGGCAGCAUGUGACUCUUCAUUGUCGCUCCCAUCACAAGUUUGAAACAUUCAGACUGUACAAGGACAAUGACAUCUUCAUCUCCAAGCUCCAUAGCACAAUAUCGCAAUACAGUGUCCUCAUUGGCCCUGUAACCCCAGAACAUGCAGGAACUUACAGCUGUUGUGGAUCCUACCGUGAUUCUCCCUCUCUGUGGUCAGCACCCAGUGACCCCCUGGUGAUUGUGGUCACAGGAAUCUACAGAAAACCUUCCUUGUUAGCCCAGUCGGGUCGCCUGGUGAAAUCAAGAGGGAACGUGACCUUGGUCUGUUGCUCAGAGAUCCUGUUUGAAAGCUUCAUUCUUCACAGAGAGGGGGUAUCCAAGGACCACUUGUACCAUGCUGGUCAGCACCAUCAUGGGGGUUCCCAUGCUAACUUUUCCAUGGGUCCUGUGACAGCCGCCCAUGCAGGGACCUACAGGUGCUUCGGUUCUCUCAAUCGCUCCUCUCAUGUGUGGUCUGCCCCCAGUGACCCCCUGGACAUCGUGAUCACAGGUCUACACGAGAAACCUUCUCUCUGGACCCAGCCAGGCACCGUGGUGAGGACAGGAGAGAACAUGACCUUGUCCUGCUGCUCAGAGAGGUCCUUUGAUGUGUACCAUCUAUGCAGAGACGAGCAGCCCCAUGAGUGCUGGCUUGCUAAGGGGCAGAAGCACGGCCGUGCAACCCAGGCUGACUUCCCUCUGGGCCCUGCACACCCAGCCAUGGGUGGGACCUACAGAUGCCACGGCUUCUUCAACCCCUCUCCUUGUGAGUGGUCAGGCCCGAGUGACCCACUGUACCUUUCUGUCACAGAUAACCCCAGACACCAGCAUGUUCUGGCUGUGCCCUUAGUGGUCAUCGUCUUCCUCGCUGUCCUUCUUUUCUUCCUCAGUCGUCAGUGGUGCCCUCCCAAAGAGGAUGCUGCUAUAAUGAACAGAGAACCUGAAGUGGAUAGAAUGGUGAGUAGGGAGGACCCUCAAGCAGAAGACCCAAAGGAAGUGACAUACACACAGUUGGAUCAUCGCAUUUUCAUGCAGAAAAACACCACUCCCACUUCCCAGAGGCCUGGGGAACCCUUGCAUGAUGAAAGUGUGUACAUGGAACUUGCAACAGGCUGAGACCAAUCAAGGCAUAAAUCCUAUGCCCCAAGAACCCACAAGAAGACCCUGAGGAGGCUCUCCAUAGAUGCCAUAGCACUUUCUGAACACACCCCCACCCAACAACAGCCAGAAUCAGAAGACAGAAGUCUUCAUCUUCCUCUCAUCCUAAGAAGGAAUAACAAUCUUAGAAAACCCCCCAUCCCUUCUAGGAUACUAUUAUGAUGAUCCAGACAUUUCCAAUAUUGUCCACAAAACCACCUUUCCUUCUCAAGGGUUCUGACUUCUGUUGCUAUGUUAUAUAAACAAAUAAAUCUAUCAUCUAUCAACA